AUGCAGAAUGAGCUGGAUGCGAUUGAGGACCCGGAUCCGAAUGCCACGCCUGAGGAGAGAGCGGCUUUGGAUAAGAAGUUGAUGAGGAAGGUUGAUUUAUGGCUAAUCCCCUGGCUCUGUUUACUCUACCUGCUCUCAUUCCUCGACCGCACGAACAUCGGCAAUGCCAGAGCCGCAGGCCUCGAAGCGGACAUUGGCAUGACUGGAACGCAUGACUACAACCACUCGCUCACCAUCUUCUUCAUCUCCUACGCCUUGGCCGAGCCCGUGACCAAUGUACUGCUCAAGAGACUCACGCCGAGGAUCUUCUUCACCGGCAUUAUCAUCUCUUGGGGUGCCAUUAUGACGCUGAUGGGUCUGGUGGAGAAUUUCUCUGGUCUUCUGGCGGCGCGGUUUUUCCUUGGGUUGGCUGAAGCCGGCCUCUUUCCUGGAGUCAACUACUACCUCUCCUGCUGGUACAAGCGAUCCGAGCUGGGUAUUCGUGCUGCAACUUUCUUCUCUGCAGCAGCAUUAGCCGGCUCGUUCGGUGGCCUUCUAGCCGCCGCCAUCGCACAGAUGGACGGCAUCGCUGGUCUCGACGGCUGGGCAUGGAUCUUCAUCAUCGAAGGCCUCAUCACCGUCUUCGUCGGCUGCUUCUGCUGGUGGAUGGUCUUCGACUGGCCCGAGACCGCUGGCUUCCUCACUCCCGCAGAGAGACUCCGCUGCCGUCGCCGUCUGGUCGAGGACAACCAGUCUUCUGCCGCUGAACACUACGAUAAACGCCAUAUCUAUGCUGCUCUUAAGGAUUGGAAGACCUGGGGAUUCGCUGUUAUCUACAUGGGUUGUUUGUGCCCGCUCUAUGCUUUCAGCUUGUUUUUGCCCACUAUCCUUCAGGGGAUGGGCCACGCCGGCACUCGCCUCCAGCUCCUUUCCGUCCCACCAUACGCCGUCGCCGCCACUUUGACCAUCAUCAUCGGAUACCUCGGAGAUCGCCUCCGACAACGUGCUCUGCUCAACAUGGGCGUCGCAUGUCUCGGAAUCAUCGGCUUCCUCAUGCUUCUUAUCAGCGGAAACCCAACUAUCCAAUACGUUGGAGUCUUCUUCGGAGCGGCAGGAAUCUACCCGACCAUCCCGAACACUUUGACCUGGGUAUCGAACAACAUCGAAGGAGUCUACAAGCGUGGUGUGAUUAUUGGAAUCGUCGUUGGUUGGGGAAACCUGAACGGCGUUGUCAGUUCCAACAUCUACCUCAAGGAGGAUAAGCCGCGGUACUUUACCGGCCACGGCAUCGUUCUGGCUUACCUGGUCGUGUGUCUCCUGGGCGGAACGAUUUUCAUGUAUACUGGAUUGCGGAUGGAGAACGCUAGGCGGUUGUCUGGAAAGCGCGACCAUAUGCAUGAUGGCUUGACGGAGGAGGAGAAGUGGGUCGCUGGAGACAAUAGGCCGGACUUCAUCUACAGCAUGUGA